AUGGCACUGCGUUCUUCCACUGCUCCGUUGCGUGUCCCUUUGCCGUCUCCUCCAGAGUGCUCUCUUCCUACUCUUGCUGGCGCGGAGUCUAACUCCCUUCGCGCUGCCUGUCCUACUGUCAUGCGUCUCCUGGAAACUAUUGUCACUGACCCUUCCUUUGAGUCCAUUGCUGCGUCUGCCUUAGUUGCUGAGCUCCUCGACUUUGCUGCUCACUGUCGUCUAGACUACGCCGCUAGUCUUCUUGCCGAGUCUGAGUCUGUCUGUCCUCCGUCCGUCAGGGGUGAGUGUGCUCUUAACACGGACGUCCUUGAGGACAGGCAGGAGGAGUUCAAGUAUUUUGUUGUUGCUUUACCUCAUCUCGUGUCCAUGCUGAUUGGUUUUGAGGGAGACCCGGAUGUACGAGACAUCUCGACUCCGCGCUCUUACGCAGAGGCGAUAGAGGGUCCCUACUCCUCUCAGUGCCAGGUGAAGCGGCCGCCGGGUUCUCCGCCUGUCUUCAAGGCGCGUUACGUGGCUCGAGGCUUCAGCCAGCCGCACGGAGUUGACUACUUUCAGACCUUCUCUCCCACCCCGAAGAUGACCACUCUUCGGGUGCUACUGCACAUAGCCGCUCAGCGCGACUACGAGCUUCACUCUCUUGACUUCAGCACUGCUUUCUUGCAGGGUAGCCUGCACGAGGAGAUCUGGCUGCGCCGUCCACCUGGCUUCACUGGGACUUUUCCUCCUGGCACCCAGUGGAGCCUCUGGCGGCCAGUCUACGGUCUCCGCUAG